CCAGUUCCUGCGAGUCGGCCGUAUUGUCAGCGAUGACAACAUAGUUGAUACCCGCUUCACAGAUCUUUCACAGAAAUUCCUGGAUAAGGAAUAUAGCUCACAUCUGUUACGGAAAGACAAACGAAAAGCUAAAGGCAUUAACCGGGAGGAAUUACUCUCUACGAUUAAUAAAUCCAAACAAGACAGAAUACCAUUU